AGAGGACCAGAUUGAGAGAGAGCUGACCCAUAGUGACCAUGGCUGCACUCGACUUGAGCUGUGAGGUAUCAGAAGAGAAUGUGGACCGCAGGGAGUCUUUUUGGGCUGAAUGGAAGGAUCUGACACUGUCUUCCCGGCCAGAGGAGGGUUGUUCUGUGCAUGAGGAAGAUACCCAACAUCGAGAGACAUACCACCGGCAGGGGCAGUGCCAGGCGCUGGUGCAGCAGUCACCCUUGCUGGUGAUGCGGAUGGGCAUCCUUGGCCAGAGGUUGCAGGAGUACCAGCUGCCGUAUGCAAGGACACUGCCUUUGCCCAUCUUCACACCCUCGAAGGUGGGCUUCAAGGAAGAUCGUGAGGCCACCCCCAUCCAGCUUCGGGAGCUCCUGGCUCUGGAAACAGCUCUGGGAGGGCAGUGCUUGGACCGGCGAGAGGUGGUUGAGAUUAAAAAGGAGCUGCCUCCUGUGGUGGCCGCCAGCCAUCCCCAGUUUGGCAAACCGGGUGCCCCCCGCCGCUCUUUAUCCCGAUCCCUGUCCCAGGAAGCACAGAGAGGCUGAAGGGGACUUGGGGUGAAAUCCCUUCUCCCCUGACUCCUGUGCCCACCCUGCUGUGGGCACUACCCAGCUAAGACCUGGGGGGGGAGGGCUGGUCAUUAAAGCUUUGUAGUUAGCCCGGAGUUGGGUUGGGGAAGUGGGAGCUGAAAAACGGAACAUGUGGGUCUUCUGAGCUCCCAGAGGGAGGAGGCGAUAGUAAAAAAGAUGGGAAACUAGGGUAUAUCACCACCAUCUGAGAAUUGCUGACAAGAGUUAUAUGGGAGACUGCUGAACACCAGGAUCUAGAGAAAAAAGGGGAGAUGUGAACAGGGGGAAGUGAGAAAGCCCCUGAAAGAGACCAGAUGGAGGGGGGAUGUGAGACUGGAGGAGGGAGCCCCAGUGGGAGGAGACAGGGGUGGGGGAGCAAUGUCGGGUCCCACCCAAAUAUUAUCUGUUAGUGCUACAAUAAAAAGUGAAAGCUGGC